AUGAUUAAGUGCUGGUCAGCAGUUUUGUUUCUUGGAUUCAUUUUUCUGAGAGCAGAAGGAAGGCCAACCAAGGAAGGAGGAUAUGGCCUAAAAUCUUAUCAGCCACUAGUGAGAUUGAGACACAAGCAGGAAAAAAGUCAAGAAAGUUCAAGAAGCAAGGGGUAUCUGAGUCAGGAUGGUCCACUUAUAUCCUGUGAAAAUAAGUACUGUGGCUUGGGAAGGCAUUGUGUUAUUAGUCGAGAAACCGGGCAAGCUGAAUGUGCCUGCAUGGACCACUGCAAGCCUCACUACAAGCCUGUGUGUGGAUCUGAUGGAGAAUUUUAUGAAAACCACUGUGAAGUACACAGAGCUGCCUGCCUGAAAAAACAGAAAAUAACCAUUGUUCACAAUGAAGAUUGCUUCUUCAAAGGAGACAAGUGCAAAGCUACUGAAUUCAGCAAGAUGAAAAAUAGGUUCUUGGAUCUUCAAAAUCAGAAGUAUGUUACACAAGAAAAUGAAAACCCACCUGAAGAUGAAAUAGUUCGGAAGAAACUGCUCGUGGAUCAGAUGUUUAAAUAUUUUGACUCUGACAGCAAUGGACUUGUAGACAGUAAUGAACUGUCUCAGGUAAUAAAACAGGAUGAACUUGGCAAGGAUCUGUCUGACUGUUCUCUGUUUGAUCUGCUGAAAUAUGAUGACUUUAACUCGGACAAGCACCUAGCCCUUGAAGAAUUCUACAGAGCAUUCCAGGUUAUCCAACUGAGUCUGCCUGAAGAUCAGAAAGUGAGCAUCACAACAGCAACAGUUGGACAGAGUGCUGUUCUAACCUGUGCUAUUCAGGGAGCCCUGAGACCUCCCAUCAUCUGGAAGCGUAAUCAUGUGGUUCUAAAUAACUUAGAUUUGGAAGACAUCAAUGAUUUUGGAGAUGAUGGAUCCUUAUACAUUACUAAGGUUACCACCACACAUAUGGGGAAUUAUACCUGCUAUGCAGAUGGCUAUGAUAAACUAUAUCAGACUCACAUCUUCCAAGUGAAUGUCCCACCGGUUAUCCGUGUGUAUCCAGAGAGCCAGGCCAGAGAACCAGGCGUAACGGCUAGUCUCCGCUGCCAUGCAGACGGCAUACCCAAGCCGCAGCUUGGUUGGCUGAAGAAUGGAAUCGACAUUACUCCAAAGCUAUCUAAGCAGUUAACUCUUCAAGCAAAUGGCAGUGAAGUUCACAUUAGCAAUGUGCGCUAUGAAGAUACAGGAGCAUACACCUGUAUCGCCAAGAAUGAAGCAGGGGUAGAUGAAGACAUCUCUUCUCUAUUUGUGGAAGAUUCUGCUAGAAAGACACUCGCUAACAUAUUAUGGAGAGAAGAAGGUCUGGGAAUUGGGAACAUGUUCUAUGUUUUUUAUGAAGAUGGAAUCAAAGUGAUACAGCCGAUAGAAUGUGAAUUUCAGAGGCAUAUUAAACCCAGCGAGAAGCUACUUGGAUUUCAGGAUGAAGUUUGUCCUCAAGCUGAAGGGGACACAGUUCAGCGCUGUGUAUGGGCCUCUGCUGUCAACAUCAAAGACAAGUUCAUUUAUGUAACUCAACCUACUCUGGACCGAAUACUCAUUGUUGAUGUGCAGUCUCAAAAAGUUGUGCAGGCAGUUAGCACAGAUCCUGUCCCCGUGAAAUUACAUUAUGACAAAUCACAUGACCAGGUAUGGGUGCUCAGCUGGGGAAACAUGGAAAAGACCUCACCAACAUUACAGGUAAUAACACAGGCCAGCAGCAGUGUUUCUCAUCACACAAUUCACACCCAGCCAGUUGGAAAGCAAUUUGACAGAGUAGAUGACUUUUUCAUUCCUUCUACAACUCUCAUCAUCACCCAUAUGAGGUUUGGAUUCAUUCUUCACAAAGAUGAAGCUAUACUCCAGAAAAUUGAUCUUGAAACUCUGUCAUAUAUAAAGACAGUUAGCUUAAAGGACUAUAACUGCAUUCCUCAGUCUCUGGCUUAUACUCACCUUGGAGGAUACUAUUUUAUCAGCUGCAGUCCUGACAGUACUGGGGCUAUUCCACCCCAGCUCAUGGUGGACAGUGUAACUGACUCAGUCAUUGGAUACAAUGGUGAUGUUAUGGGUACUCCAUACAUUUCUCCAGAUGGACACUAUCUUGUAAGCAUUGAUGAUGUGAAAGGACUUAUGAGGGUUCAAUAUAUUACCAUCAGAGGAGAAAUCCAGGAUGCAUUUGAUAUCCACACUAACCUUCAUAUAUCUGAUGUGGCCUUCCAACCCUCUUUUACUGAAGCCCACCAGUACAAUGUCUAUGGCAGCUCAGGCAUGCAAACAGAUGUCCUCUUUGUAGAACUUGCCUCUGGGAAAGUUAAAAUGAUCAAGAGCCUCAAGGAGCCUUUAAAGGCAGAAGAAUGGCCUUGGAACCAAAAAAACAGGUUAAUCAAGGACAGUGGGCUCUUUGGCCAAUACCUGAUGACACCCUCCAAGCAAUCCCUAUUUAUCUUAGAUGGACGACUCAAUAAGUUAAACUGUGAGAUCACUGAAGUAGAGAAAGGAAAUACAGUCAUUUGGGUUGGAGAUGCCUAA